CUCCCUUGGGACAUUUCCGUAUGCAGUACGCUACACCAAAUAAUCAUCCGCCUGCCUGACAACGUUAAUGCCCACGCUUCUUACUUCAACUCUUAAACCGCGCACACACUUCACAACAAUAAUUAAGAUUAAGUAUCACGGACUCACUGCUUAGGACUAGUAAUUCACAGCCUUUGCGUCUUUUCUCGCCUUGCUGCAUCUUGCUACUGUAAAAUUGCACAUAGUGCAUUCAAUUAGGGACGAUUUGUAUCUUGCUUGGGAGAGGUUCAGGUAGCGAGGUUUCAUCUUGGCCCUCCGCCCUUAGGCCUAUCGCCAAUCCAUAAGCUACAGCUUUGGAUGAGUUGAGGGAAAGCUUCGAGGUUAAAGCCUACCUUGCAGGAUGGGGCAGAGCCGACCGCUUCCCGACCGGGCGGUUCACCCCUUCCUUCUGAAGCUCUUCUGCAGUACACCCUUCACAGCGUGUUCAGCCUACACCCCCAGCAGCUCAUCUCCUGGGCCAACCUUGCCAUGUGACAGUUCACCAAUAUCAUCACCGGCGAGAACUCCACGACAAGCCUUGCGACCCUCCUCCCCAGGGCCAGCCACGUUCAGAGGCCGGAGACCGAGUCUUUUGACGGAUGAACGCCACUUACCCAACCAUGACACAUCAUGGGAUGACCCCUGCAGCCCCGCUGACCGCAUACCCUCUCGGACAGACGCCCCCAGUAGCCGGAUGCCCCAUCACCUGGCCCCGCACUCAAAACCCAUGUCGCCCGUCAACAUCAGCAGCAGCAUAUCGGGCGUCCGCCGCUGCACCAGCGAUGGUGUCCCCUCCCCACCCGCGUCGCCACACCAGACGCAACGAUUUGCCCUGCGCACACCCACGCCUCGCCUCAAUACACCCGCAGGCCCCUCGCCGGGCCUCGCACGCCCCGAGUCCCCCGCGCGGCACAGCACGCUCCGCACGAGCAUGACGGGGGGCAUGCCGUCCACGCCUAGCAGCCACGUGCGGAGGUCCGACAACGGCGUCUUCUCCACGGUGCAUGCGGUGGCGGCUUUCAGCAUGGCGGGGCGCACAGGAUCCGCCACCACCACCAGCAGCACGCCCAGGAGAUCCGAAUGUGGCAUCCUGGCGCGCAAGGGACUGGACGGGGGAGCGCCCGUGGAGCGCAGCGGCAGCUCCACUUCGGGGGGCGGCAAGGAGCGCAGGGGGGCGCCGCAGCUGAUGCUAGGCGACCGCAGCGUGGCGGAUGUGGUGGCGAACUUCAUUAAGCCGGAGACCGCGGGCUUCAAGUACAACUACCUAACCGGACUGCUGAACGGGCAGUGCAAGGUGGACGGAGUGGAGGGCGAGUGCUUCUCAGCCGACCUGCACGAGCGAGACGGCAACACGGAGUACUGGCGCCGGGCAACUGGCGAGAAGAUCCACGGCCCCGUGGACUACUUUGUGAGCCACUGCUGGCAGUACAAGCUGGGCGACCUGGUGGCCAUGAUACUGCAGCACUACGACGAACUGCCGGAAACCGACGGCGGGCGGCUGUACGUGCCGGUGUUCUACUGGGUGGACAUCUUCGCGGUCACGCAGCACUUCUCGGGCGACUUCAAGGACCACCCGGAUGCGGACUUCCCGGGCGUCAUCCGCGCAGCAAAGGGCGGCGUGCUGUUCUCCAUGGCCCCCUGGCGCAACCCGCUGUCGGUGCGGCGCGUGUGGUGCCUGUUCGAGGCGCUCACCGCGCUGUCCAUCAACCGCGAGAUCAACCUGCUCACGGACGCGUUCGACUCCACCGCCAAGGUGGACACCCUGCUGCCCCUGUUCACACGGCAAGUGGUAGACAUGCUGGACGUGCGCAACGCUGAGGCCACCGUGGAGAAGGACCGGGACUACAUCCUCAACCUGGCUGCCCGCACGCUGGGUAUCGACACCUUCAACUCCAAGCUGAGGCAGGCGCUGCACCACGAAAUAUGCGAGGCCAUGAUCUUGCGCGCUGUGAUGACGGGCGAAACGGACGAGGGCCGCAAGCUGCUGGAGCGCGGCAUCGUCAUCUCCAACGCCACGCUGCGCUUCAUGCCGCGGCGCGACUCGGGCGGCAAGGAGACGGAGCGCAUCCGGGACAGCGGCCUCGCGCUGCUGGCGGAGGCGGUCAAGGCCUGCCCCAACCUGCAGUCCCUGGUGGUCUACACCGCCGCGGAGACCGACGUCACGCCCGCCGGCCUCAUCACCCUGGCCAAGGGCCUCGCGGGGCACCCCGCGCUGCGGCACCUGGUGGUGGGCCGCUACCCGCAGCUGGCGGGGGUGCCGGGCACGGGGGGCUCGCUGGGGCGCUCCUCCGUGACGGCCUACGCGGCGCUGCUCAACAGCAACCCCAACCUCACACACCUGGACCUGUCGUACAACAAGCUGGGUCCUGAAGGUGUGGCGGCGCUGGCUCCCGCGCUCUCGGGCAACCGCACCAUCUCCGUGCUCAAGCUGCGGCAGGUGGGUAUGGACGGCGCCUCCUCCGUCACGCUCGCCGACGCCUGCAUGACCGCCGAGGGGCUGCGCGACCUGGACCUCUCACUCAACCCCGACAUGGGCGACAAGGCGGCCCCUGCGCUGCUGCGGCUGAUGAGCCACAAGGGGCUCAAGGUGCUGCGCGCGCACUGCUGCCGACUGGGCUGGCAGACAGGCAGGAGCCUCAUAUCGGAUGCGCUUAUCCGCGCGGGCUGCGUGAAGGAGCUCUGUCUGGGCUGUGUGGUGCAGCCGGGCGGCAGCGUGUCCAACCAGGACCCCGCGGACUGGAACCACCUGCUGCUGGACACCUCGGGGCCCUCCCCAGCCAAGGGCUACCGAGUGGCGGCGCACGGGGACGCGCUGGUGGGGCUGGCGCUGGCGCUGCGGCAGGGCUUCAGGACGCUGGAGAGGCUGGACCUGCGCGGCUGCUUCAUUGGGAACGGCAUGGCGGGCGAGGCAGCUGGUCUGCGGGACGCGCUGAUCAGCGGCCUCAGCAGCGUGCGGCGCGGCGCGGCGUUCGGCAGCCUGCGGCACCUGGACCUGCGCUCAUGCAACCAGUCGGAGCUCACGCGCAUGGAGGAUAGCCAGAUUGCGCUGCUGCUGAAGCACGGCGGCCUCAACUUGCUGGUCAAGGACUACAAGCGCACCGGCAUCAAGGGCGGCGCGCUGCGGCAAUACGUGCAGUACGACGCUUAAACAGUCUGCUGGUUCGCGUGGAUUCGAGGGUAACUGCACAUGCGGGCUGUACGGCGUCAACGACAUGGCAUCGUUAUCUGAUAGUAGUUUUAGAUGACAUGUCGAUUACCACAUAUGCAACUGCACACCCUCAGUUGCAGCUGGCGAAGGACAGGCGACAUGUCGGUUGUCGCGGCAGGGUUGCUCGUCGUUUGGGCAGUCAAGGAGGACGUUACCACUGACCACCGCCACCUACUUACGGUAUCUGGUGUAUUUCAUGCGUCGCAGCUUAAGACACUGUAAAUUUAUGCGUCGCAGUUUAAAAUACAGCCAGACAUAGUUUAUUAUGCGAAUGCGUGUACGGAGGGACCUUGGCAUGAAAGAUGGUCGAGAGGAGUUGAGGCUAUGUAGUUCUUGUGACUCUGGCCUAUGCGUGCGAUGGUGGGAGGGCAAGGCUACAUGAUUGUUGCAGGGGGUCAUGGCAGGGAGUCAUCGGAAAGCGGGAGGGCUGGUCAGGGUGGAUACCUGGAAAUGUCUAUGCAUGCGGGAACAGGGCGCCAUGCAUGGAAAAUUGCUUACGCUGUGGCACGGGUUUGGGGGGCAACCCAGGCGUUAGUUCCGUGGGGUUGCUUGGGUUUGGAGUGUGGCAUUCUUACAGUUACGCUGUCUCUUGUGACCCAUGGAGCGCAGGCGUCGCACACCGGAAGCACUGGCUUGUUACCCGCCGAGCAGGCGAAGUGCAGGGAGCUGCGCAUUGUAUGACUAUCUUGCUUAACUUCAUCCUUUUGCCAUUACGUGAUUUUGGCCACAUGGUUUGACGAACCACGUAUGGUCUAGGAAGUGGCUUAGAAGCAGGGAGGGCGCUGCCGUGGCGGCAGCGAAGUAGCAUAUCCGCAUAUCAGGUGUUGGGUAGCCUUUUUAGGAACGCAGUGGUUUCGGUCCGGUUAUAUAUCCUGGCAGUGAUGACACUUCUGAGCACGACGUGUACCUCGGCAGUCGCUUAACCCCCCCGCGACGAUGAUGGUUUGACGGUGGCUGGAGCAAUAAAGUGGACGCUGCUGUUUUAGCACAGAGUGGGAUGUACGGCUGGUGGGGUUGUCGCUGGACCUAGCACUCUCCUUGCCAGAGUCACAUUUGCUGGUCUACGCUGAUCAGGGUUACGCAUGUUUGGCACGAUACAGGGUGGUAUGAAAGGUAACGCAGGAUUUGGAUGAUUUGUUGGAUAAGAGAGGGCGGAGGGCAUGGAGAAGGAAGCCCCUCUCAUUCCCGCCAACACCACGCAAUGGCUCCUUAUGUACAGAAUACUGUAUCGAACUGUUUAACGCAGUCAUGUCGUGUAUCUGCAGUGAUUGGCCACAGAAAUGCUUAUAAGUGCAUCAAAAUCACAACUAAAGCUGUGCGUGCUUCGCUUAGUGACGAGAAGGGAUGCUGCACGGCUGGGGUCAGUGCAGUAUCAAUGAUGAGGGCAGCAACUGGACGCCUGCAGCUCAUGGAUGUUUUGUGUCAAGCUGUGGUGUGGUGUCGGGCGUCGCCGUGUGCCGUCGGGAGCACUGCGGCGUUCGGCACGUCUUGCAGUUCGCGGCUUUCGUGACACAUGCAUGCCUUCAUUCAGGCCCCUCGCCGCCUGCGCUUUGCGUGGUGUGGCUUGACGUUGCUGAGCGGAUAUGCAGUGAUGGUACGGAAGGGUUGCAUUUCCUUUCUGCAUCAGGCGAAGUGAUUUUUCGGAGGCUUGGCGAGGGGCGAGGGGUUGGAGCGGAGACAAUAGCUGCUGCCAGCCUGGCUACUGCAAGUCGUACAAGAGGAAUCCUCAUGCAGUGGUAUAGAUAGUAAAUUUCUUGUUUAGCUGUGUACCGCUACGCUCACUUGCAUAACUUCCUGCCAACGACGGCCGUCUCGACUCAUUUCCGCUGUAAUCACGGCCAUGAACGCCUUGCAGGUUUUAGCUUCCACUGGUCAUAGAUUGCGUUCUAAAGGCAACAUAUUAGCGGAGUGUAACUUAGCGAGGCUUUUCCAAGCAGGGCAGCAGGCAUCCUGUCCGCCAUCACCACCAUCGGACGAUGGCACCAGUACCUCCGGUCGCCAUGAGUUGCUGCCUUGUAUGCCGCAUGCACUUUAUCGAAGACAUUUAUCGACUCAGGCGUCAGCAAGCAACACAAAUGUCCCUAGCGAAAACUGGCUAAUGCGCAAGCUGCCGUCCAGCCUUGUGCCGUACGCCCAGCUCAUGCGCCUCGACAAGCCGAUUGGAACCUGGCUGCUGGCGUUGCCAUGCUUUUGGUCCAUUGCCCUCGCCGCCCCGCCGGCCCACCUGCCGGACCUCUACAUAUUGGGCCUGUUCGGGGCGGGCGCAGUGCUCCUGCGCGGCGCGGGCUGCACGGUCAACGACCUGUGGGAUCGCGAGCUGGACCGGCGAGUGGAGCGAACCCGCACGCGGCCGCUGGCAGCUGGCACCGUCACACCGCGGGAGGCAGUAGCCUUCCUGGCGCUGCAGCUGUCGCUGGGCCUGGUUAUUCUGCUGCAACUAAACGACUACAGCAAGGUGAUGGGCGCCUCCUCGCUGCUGCUGGUGGCCACCUACCCGCUCAUGAAGCGAGUCACGUUCUGGCCACAGGCCUUCCUGGGUCUCACCAUCAACUGGGGCGCCAUGAUGGGCUACGCAGCAGUGGCCGGAUCCUGCAACUGGCCUGUCGUUCUGCCGUUGUACGGCGCCGGCGUUGCGUGGACCCUCGUGUACGACACCAUUUACGCGCACCAAGACAAACGGGAUGACGUCACGGCCGGCGUCAAAUCCACUGCGCUGCUGUUUGGGGACCGCAGCAAGGCCUGGUUCAGCGGGUUCACGGCCGUGACGGCGGCGGGCCUGACGGCGGCGGGCAUGGCAGCGGGAUGCGGGCUGCCGUACUAUGGCGGCGUGGCAGCGAUGGUGGGACACAUGGCGUGGCAGAUCCGUACGGUGGAUUUGUACAACGGUCCGGAUUGCAGCGCCAAGUUUGUGUCGAACAAGGUUGCAGGCGGUUUGCUGCUGGUGGGUAUCGUGGCGGACAGGCUGCUGGCCGUGGCGUGAGGUCAGCGUUAGAGAGAUAGGUUGUGGAGCGGCGGCUGGGUGCAUCCCGUAACAGGGUGUGUUGAAGCAACUGAGCGGACCCGGGGAUGGACGGAUGGUGGAAAACUCGGGACCAAGCCUUGGUAUACCGUACCCUGGGGAGGCGAGCUGGAGUGGUGGUACGUGGUAAGUCGUGCCUACAUUAUUACCUUGUGAGGGAGGAGGGUGUAGUGAGUUUGAUUGGCGUCCAAUACCAGGAGGCUAGGGUAAAAAAUAAAGAGACACUGAUGAGGCUUGGGGUGGGGGAACGUUCGCUGUGUUAUGCUGUGGGAAAGCGGGGAAUCCCCUUGUGGAUGGAGGUGCCAGGUGAUCGUCCCGACGUGCUUUGACGCCCAUUGAGGUGAAGCUGGCCCUCCGAGACGUGCCAUGCGAUUACCGCAAUGCAUGCGAAGGCCGGCAGGAGGACCCGUGGGUCAGACGGAUACGAGAGGCUCUGGAAGCAGG